GCGCCUGGACUCGCCGCCGCCGCCGCCGCCGCCGCCGCCGCCGCCGCGGGACUCGGACAGCCCGCAGCGCUCCGGGUCCUCCUCCUCUCGCGACCGCGCUCUGCAGCGAUGGACGGAGACGGUGACCCAGAGAGCGUGGGCCAGCCGGAGGAGGCCGGCCCGGAGGACCAGCAGGAGGAGGCUGGCGCGGAGGAGGCGAGCGGCGGGGAGGAGCGGCCCGAGGACGAGGGGGAGGAGGAGGCAGCGUACCUGGACGAGCUGCCCGAGCCGCUGCUGCUUCGUGUGCUGGCCGAGCUGCCCGCCGCCCAGCUGGUGCAGGCCUGCCGCCUGGUGUGCCUGCGCUGGAAGGAGCUGGUCGACGGCUCUCCCCUGUGGCUGCUCAAGUGCCAGCAAGAGGGUCUGGUACCCGAGGGCGGCCCCGAGGAUGAGCGCGACCACUGGCAGCAGUUCUACUUCCUGAGCAAGAGGCGGCGCAACCUGCUGCACAACCCGUGCGGGGAAGAGGACUUGGAGGGCUGGUGCGACGUGGAGCACGGUGGGGACGGCUGGAGGGUGGAGGAGCUGCCCGGAGACAGCGGCGUGGAAUUCAUCCACAAUGAGAGUGUCAAGAAGUACUUCGCCUCCUCCUUCGAGUGGUGUCGCAAAGCGCAGGUCAUUGACCUGCAGGCUGAGGGCUACUGGGAGGAGCUGCUGGACACCACUCAGCCGGCCAUCAUGGUGAAGGACUGGUACUCGGGCCGCAGAGACGCCGGCUGCCUGUACGAGCUUACGGUGAAGCUGCUGUCGGAGCACGAGGACGUGCUGGCCGAGUUCAACAGCGGGCAGGUGGCAGUGCCACAAGACAGCGACGACGGUGGCUGGAUUGAGAUCUCGCACACCUUCACCGACUAUGGGCCGGGCGUCCGCUUCGUCCGCUUCGAGCACGGCGGACAGGACUGCGUCUACUGGAAGGGCUGGUUCGGGGCCCGGGUGACCAACAGCAGCGUGUGGGUGGAGCCCUGAGUGACCCAUCCUCCAGCCUCCCCCAGCUGCCUUGGAGGGGCAGAGGCGCGGGGGUAGAUAGGGCUUAGUCGGUAGCAUCCUGACCUUCCGCACCCGGCGCACUCCUCUCCCGUCCCAUGCUCGAAGACCAGCCCCCUCAGAGGGAAAGAUGGGUUUUGUUGGUAUAUAUUUGCAUCUAGAAAAUAAGAUGGGUGAGGGCGUGGGCCUGCAUUGGGCCCGCCGCUGAAUCCCCUGCACCUAACACUGUGCCUGCCACGAAAAUGGGCGCUCAAUAAAUAUUAU